UGGGAGCGCAAAGCACGCUGGGACAUAGAGGCUGAUUUUGAAGGAGAGGACGGCGGGAACUCUCGUCCGUGGCCUGAGUGAGCAAGAGGAGAAGAGUUAGGUCCCUAUUACCGGUGCCUGGACGGCUUCAGAGGAAGGCGCCUGGAAAUCGGAGGACAUGGAGCUGGCGGAUACUUUAAGGCCAGACGGCGACCCCAAAGGAGGUGUUUUAGCUCACUUGGAAAGACUAGAGACUCGAAUGCACAGAUCCCGUAAAAAAUUGGAAGAGCCACAGACAGUGCAGGCAGAGGAAACCGCCCUUGUUACCGAGAUUCAGAAACUGAGACGUCUGCGAGAUAAGCUGAGGGCAGAAGUGAAACGACGUCAAGCUGGAGUUAAAGCAUCUACUGCCAAUGUAGAACCUGACCAAACAUGGGAGAUCACUGAGCAAGAAGUUUUGGAAAGAAAAUGGGAAAACUUGAAAGCUAUUUUGCAGGCAUAUUGUUUUACAGGGCUCAGCGGGAAACUGACCAGCCGAGGAGUCUGUGUUUGCAUCAGCACUGCUUUUGAGGGCAACCUGCUGGAUUCCUAUUUCAUGGACCUUACCAUGCAGAAACCACUUAGGAUCCAUCGCCAUUCAGUUCCAGUCUUCAUUCCCCUGGAGGAACUAUCUGCAAAAUACUUAGAGACUAACAUUCAGCACUUCUUGUUCACUGUCUGCGAAUACCUAAAUGCUUACUCUGGGAGGAAGUACCAGGCAGAUCGCCUUCAGAGUGACUUUGCAGCCUUUCUGGCUGGGCCCUUGCAGAGAAACUCACUGUGCAACUUGCUGUCGUUUACUUACAAAGUGGAGCCGAGGGGUCAGUCCUUCCCGCUUUGUGCUAGACUGCUGUAUAAGGACCUCACAAGGACCCUUCCAACUGAUGUCACCAUUACUUAUCAAGGGAUGGAUGCAUUAUCCACCUCAUGGGAAGAACAGCGAGCAUCCCAAGAAAAUCUGUUUCGUACGAAGCCCCUACAUCACGUGUUUACUUCAUUUGCAAGAAAAGGAGAAAUGUUGGAUAUGAGCCUAGUCUCCUAGAAUAUUAUUUUCAUUGGGAACACAUCAGAAGAAAUGGCGUGCCACGUGCUCAGGCAACAUGUUGGUGACCAAGGCCUCGUUCCAGCGUCGCAUCUCAUAGACACGUUCCUUCUGGUCAUGGACCUCAAUCUUCCACAAGAACAGUGUCCGCGCCAGUUUUUC